CAUAUGCGUGCGCGUGCGCGCUCGCGUUCCAUCGUGCGGCCUCCUUCGCCUGGUUUCCGGUUCCCCUCCGCCCUCGCGCGGCCCUCUCACCGGGCCCGGAGUGAAAUUGCAGAUGGCCACCGUCCACGGGGCUUUUGCGCCCCCCUGCCAAAGGAUACGAAGCGUCGUCUGAUUCACCCUCCCCAGUGUUUAUCUUUUGGCCCUUCUUGCCUCUCCCGAUUAGAAGGAUGCUGUCCUCUGUCUCCCGCACCGCCCUGGGUCAGACGCGUCAGCGCUUCACCCGCGCUUUCGUCACCACCGCCCCCCGCCUCAAUGCUGCCGUCGUCUCGCAGGAGAUGAUCGACCUGGAGGUCGACGGCGUGGCCGUGUCCGUUCCCCAGGGGUCGACCGUGAUCCAGGCCUGCGAGGCCGCCGGCGUGGAGAUCCCCCGGUUCUGCUACCACGAGCGCCUGGCCAUCGCCGGUAACUGCCGCAUGUGCCUGGUCGAGGUGGAGCGCGUGCCCAAGCCUGUGGCCUCGUGCGCCAUGCCGGCCAGCGCCGGCAUGAAGGUCAAGACCGGCACCGACCUGGUCAAGAAGGCCCGCGAGGGUGUCAUGGAGUUCCUCCUGGCCCAGCACCCGCUGGAUUGCCCGAUUUGCGACCAGGCCGGCGAGUGCGACCUGCAGGACCAGUCCAUGGUCUUCGGGUCGGAUCGGUCUCGCUAUCGCGAGGUGUUCGCCGGCAAGCGUGCCGUCGAGGACAAGGACUUCGGCCCGCUGGUCAAGACCACCAUGACCCGGUGCAUUCACUGCACUCGUUGCGUGCGCUUCGCCACCGAGGUGGCCGGCGCCGAGGAGCUCGGCACUUCUGGCCGUGGCAAUGACAUGGAGAUCGGCACCUACGUGUCCAAGGUCCUGGACACCGAGCUGUCCGGCAACAUCAUCGACCUGUGCCCGGUCGGUGCUCUGACCUCCAAGCCGUAUGCCUUCACGGCCCGGCCGUGGGAGCUGCGCAAGAUCGCCUCCAUCGAUGUGCAUGAUGCCCUCGGGUCCAACAUCCGUGUCGAUGCUCGCGGCAACGAGGUCAUGCGCAUUGUCCCCCGCCUGCAUGGCGAGAUCAAUGAGGAGUGGCUGGCCGACAAGGGGCGCUUCUCGUAUGACGGCCUCAAGCGCCAGCGCCUGACCACCCCCAUGAUCCGCGAGGGCGAUACCUUCCGCGCUGCCUCUUGGGAGGAGGCCCUGGACCGCGUGCGCCAGGUCAUGACCCUGACCCCGGGCCGGCAGAUGACCGCCGUGGCCGGGCAGCUGGCCGACGCCGAGUCCAUUGUGGCCCUCAAGGAUCUGUUCUCGCGCCUGGGCUCCUCGAACCUGCUGUACGACGGCUUUGUCGGCAAGGACGCCCUGGGCUCGGAUCUCCGCUCCAACUACCUCCUCAACACCACCAUCUCCGGUGCCGAGUUCGCUGAUGCCGUCCUCCUGGUCGGCACCAACCCCCGCCAUGAGGCUCCGCUGCUGCAGUCGCGCCUGCGCAAGGCCUUCAUCCACCGCAACCAGCAGAUCGGCCUGGUCGGUGCCCCGGUCAAGCUCACCGUCGAGUAUGACCACAUCGGUGCCUCGCCCACCGACCUGUAUGCCCUGGCCAACAAGACCCACCCGUUCGCCGAGACCCUGGCCAAGGCCGAGCGCCCGAUGAUCAUCGUCGGCGCGGAUGUCGCCUCGCGCCCGGACGGUGCCGACAUCAUGGCCGCCGUGGCCUCCAUUUCUAAGUUCGCCAAGGUCGUCACCCCCGAGUGGAACGGCUUCUCGGUGCUGCAGCGCCACGCCAGCCGCACGGCCGCCCUCGACAUCGGCUUCACCCCCGGUGUCAACGCCGACCUGACCGACGCCGGCAAGAAGUUCCUCUACCUGCUCGGCUCGGAUGAGAUCAAGCCCGAGGACAUCCCCAAGGGCUCGUUCGUCGUGUACCAGGGCCACCAUGGUGAUGUGGCCGCGCACUAUGCCGACGUCCUGCUCCCGGGUGCCGCCUACACCGAGAAGACCGCCACCUACGUGAACACCGAGGGCCGCGCGCAGCACGCCUACGCGGCUGUCUCCCCGCCGGGCAACUCGCGCGAGGACUGGAUGAUCAUCCGCGCCCUGUCCGAGGUGCUGGGUGCCACCCUGCCCUACCACGAUCUGGCCGGUGUGCGCGCCCGCCUGGCCGACUUCAGCCCCGCUUUCUCCGACAUCGACACCGUUCCCCCGGGCUUCGGUGCCGAGCUCACCAUGGCCACCCUGGCCGCGGCCAAGGGCAAGGGCGCCGAUGCCGGCCCCUUCAGCCUGCCGAUCGCCGAUUACUACAUGACUGACGCCAUCAGCCGGUCUUCCCAGACCAUGGCCCGGUGCUCGAGUGCCUUCGCCAACGGCCGCCCCAGCCCGCUGGCCAACCUGUCGGUCGCGGCGCCGGCCGCCGAGAAGAAGGUCGCCGCCCCUCAGCAGCAGUAAGUCCUCCUCCUCCGGCCGUUUCCUCGCCCCCCCUCCCUCCUUCGGCUCUCCCUGCCCGUCCCUAUUUUUCGGGGGGCUGUCAGUGGGGCGCAAGGGGGGACCCCCGGGGGGAGAUGUGGGGAAGCAGCAAGAUGGAACGAGCGAGAGAAAGCGAGAGAGGGCGACCGAUCUCGACGAGAGGGACUCGGCGAGGAGGAGUUGUCAGAGCCAGAGCCAAUGUCCAGUGAGAGGGGAGACACGCGUCACGCCACAUCGAGAGAGAGCGAGCGAAAGGGGCCUCCCCGCUCGGCUGCCUUUCCCCGCAGUGCCGCAGCAUGCCGGGGGCUUCCAGUCGCGCGCGUCUGCCCCCCGUCCCUCUCUCCUUUCCUCCCCCCCUGUGUAUAUCCAUACGCGGGUGCGGGGGGGAGCAAGGAAGGGGGCAGCGGGGGGGGGGGGGGUUCUCUUCCCUU